CUGUCUUCUCAAUUCAGAUUUAAAUGAUUUUUAUUCAAAUAUACUUAUUUACAAUCACUUUUAGACCGUCAUCUUUGAAAUUAACAAGUUAAAUUAUGUUGUAAUAGUAAUGAGAUUUAAUUAUAUUAUACGAUGUAAUAAAAAUUCUUCUUGUAAAUAUAAUUAAUUUCUCAGUUUAAUCAAAUGCAGAUAUUGUAACAAAACAUUGCACUAGCAUUCCUUUAAAAUACCAAGGAGAAUACAUCAUAAAUUAUGCAUUCAUUGACACCACAGUGCCUGUAGAGCACGGUUGGACUCAGCCGUUAAAAUUAUCUAACGUCACGUCACUACUGCGAUCAUGAUCACAGACAAUUAGUCCAUUAACCCAAAAUAGAUCCAAUACAGUCCAUCACCCUCACAAAGACCUAAUUAUUGGCUGCAAAAGAAAGCGAUUUCACCAAAAGUCAUGAAUAUUAAAACGCUACAUUAGGUGUUUUCGUAAGUUCGUCACCGCGCUAUGUUUUCUGGUCACGUACACGCGGGGAACAAUGACAGUUUCUAAUCGGCAUCAAUUACACAACCGAUCAUUGCCGCUUUAAGGGGCCAAUGUCGUGGUCCACUCGUCUAGAAUAACGAAUAUGAAGGAGAUAUGACACAUCCGGAAUAAACGGAAACCUCCGACGACAUACGACACUCAGAGACGAUACAUGUCUGCGGAAUAUGUAUAAAAGCGCUACACUUUCGGAACACAGCAUCAAUCGACUCUGGUCAGUCAGAGCAAAAACACCAAACUAAAAAUGAAGGCUUACGUUUGUGUUCUACUAUUGGCAGCUGUGGCCCUAGCUGAGCCACCUCGGUAUAGGCAAACGAAAUAUAGAUUCGCAAGAGGAGAACUCGAAGAAUCCGGUUCUGGAAAAGAGGAUAAGGCGAAGACUGAAGAAGCUCCAUAUCCUGCAGCUGGAUUCAAACCAUCUAAAGAAUUUAAAUUGCCAUCUCGACAAGAAGUUGCUCCACCGUCUACUUCUUAUGGCGUUCCUGAUGACAGCUACCAAGCUCCAUUCAGGAUCCAAACACAACCCGAAGUUGAAUAUGGUGUACCAAGAAACACCGAAGCGAUGGUGAAAAGAGCAGAAGAAAAAGAGGGAAGCGAAGAAGAAAGCAAGGAAGGUGAAAAGAGUGAGAAACCUGAAAAAAGCGAAGAAGGUGAGAGUGAAGAAAAAAGUGAAGUAGAAGACCUUAAAGGCGAGGAGAAGAAAAAAGGCGGAGAAGAAGAAAAGAAGGGUGAAGGUGAAAAGAAAGAAAAAACUGAAGAGGAGCCAAAGGAUGAUGUGGUGAGUGAACAGGGUGCGUACUACGUACUCCUUCCUGGCUCCCAGUUGCAAAGAGUCCAAUACAACACGCAGAAUGACUUAACUAAGAUGGCAUAUACUGCUCAACUCCAGUACAAAGAUGAAGACCGUGCUCCAUUAUAUAUCUACACUGCAGUUCCUGAGUAUACCGUACCUUUAGCUCAGUAUCAAUUCCCGACCUCCGCCGCCUAUUUCCAAUUAUAUUAGAACCAUUGAAAAAAUAGCAUUUUAUUGCAAAUUGAUGCAAUUUAAAUUUAAAAGGUGCUCUUUUCAAAUAGUCCAUUAUGCGCUAACUCGCCGUUGAUUCAUCCUAAAUGUUUCCCUUUCAUCUCGCACUGGGGUUUUGACUAGUUAUAUAAAUUAUUUAUUUAUUUUUAGACCUCGCAAUAAACUGUGAUUUACAUAACAUAUUUGUUUUAAUUU